AUGUCAAUACCCAAGGAGCCGGAGCAGGUGAUGAAGCAAAGAGAUGGAUCUGUGCUUGGGAAAAAGACCAUUCUUAAGAGCGACCAUUUUCCUGGAUGUCAGAACAAGCGACUGUCUCCCCAAAUCGACGGCGCCCCAAAUUUUCGCCAGGCCGAAUCAUUGCGUGUACAUGGUGUUGCAAUCCCAACUAUUGAUGGGAUUAGGAACGUUCUUACAUAUAUUGGGGCUCAAAUUGAUGGGAAGCAAGCAAAUGUUCUUUGGAUCAACCUACGCGAGGAACCAGUGGUUUAUAUCAAUGGACGACCAUUUGUUUUGCGCGAGGUUGAGAGACCCUUCUCCAAUCUUGAAUACACGGGUAUCAAUAGGGCAAGGGUGGAGCAAAUGGAAGACCGGUUGAAGGAAGACAUAUUACUAGAAGCUGCAAGAUAUGGAAAUAAGAUCCUAGUAACUGAUGAACUACCAGAUGGUCAAAUGGUGGAUCAAUGGGAGCCAGUCACACCCGCCUCUGUCAAAACACCACUACAGGUCUAUUUAGAACUACAAACAAGAAAAUUCCUUGUUGACUACGAACGCAUUCCAGUAACAGAUGAAAAAUCACCCAAGGAACAGGAUUUUGAUACGUUGGUUGAUAGAAUUUCAAGAGCCGAUCUCAAGACAGAAAUAAUCUUUAAUUGCCAAAUGGGGCGCGGACGUACCACCACAGGGAUGGUCAUUGCCACAUUGAUCUAUUUCAACCGAAUAGGAGCUUCUGGUAUCCCAAGAACAAAUUCAAUUGGAACAAUUUCUGUCUGUGGCUCAAAUGCUACUGACAACAUGCUAAACACAGAAGAGGCUCUUCUUAGAGGGGAAUACACCGUCAUAAGAAGCUUAAUCCGUGUCUUAGAGGGCGGUGUUGAAGGCAAACGACAGGUGGACAAAGUAAUUGACAAGUGUGCCUCCAUGCAGAAUUUACGUGAGGCGAUUGCAACAUAUAGAAAUAGUAUUUUGAGGCAACCUGAUGAGAUGAAGAGGGAGGCGUUGCUUUCGUUUUUUGUUGAGUACCUUGAAAGAUAUUACUACCUUAUAUGCUUUGCUGUAUAUCUCCAUACAGAAAGAGCAGUUCAUAUUCCUAAAUCCCCUCACAAUCACAAUCUCAAUUUCUAUGAUUGGAUGAAAGCAAGACCUGAGCUCUAUACCAUUAUUCGCAGGUUGUUGAGAAGGGACCCAAUGGGUGCACUUGGUUAUGCAAAUAUAAAACCAUUAAACAAAAUAAGCAAACCUAAUAAUGAUGGCCACCCUUGUGAGAUGGGAAUAGUUGCAGUGUCAAGAACUGGCGAGGUCUUAGGAAGUCAAACUGUUUUAAAAAGUGAUCAUUGUCCAGGCUGUCAACAACCGAAUUUGCCCGAGAGAGUAGAGGGCGCACCUAAUUUUAGGGAAAUUCCUGGGUUUCCAGUCUAUGGUGUUGCAAAUCCAACUGUGGAAGGAAUUAAAUCUGUUAUGCAAAGAAUAGGUAGCCCUAAAGGUGGCGGGGGCAGACCCGUCUUUUGGCACAACAUGAGAGAAGAACCUGUUAUUUACAUUAAUGGAAAACCCUUUGUGCUUCGUGAGGUUGAAAGACCCUACAAAAACAUGCUCGAGUACACGGGAAUUGACUGUGAAAGAGUGGAGAGAAUGGAAGCUCGAUUGAAAGAAGAUAUUCUCAAAGAAUCUGAACGUUAUGGAGGUGAUAUUAUGGUAAUUCAUGAAACUGAAGAUGGAAAGAUAUUUGAUGCAUGGGAGCAUGUAAGUUGUGAUGUGGUUCAGACCCCACUGGAGGUAUUCAGAUCUUUAGAGGCAGAUGGGUUUCCUGUAAAGUACGCUCGUGUACCCAUUACGGAUGGAAAAGCUCCAAAAAGUUCAGAUUUCGACACACUGGCUCUCAAUAUCUCAUCAGCAUCAAAAGAUACAGUCUUUGUAUUCAACUGUCAAAUGGGCAGAGGGAGGACAACUACCGGGACUGUAAUCGCAUGUCUGGUCAAACUCCGAAUUGACCACGGACGACCCAUCAGGAUUCUACUCGAUGACAUGGCGUGUGGCGACUCGGACAACUGUACAUCAAGUGGCGAUGAAGGGAAACCGAGAGUGCAUUCGAAUCAUUCUUUUGGUAUAAAUGACAUCCUUCUGCUGUGGAAAAUAACAAGGUUUUUUGAUAAUGGGGUGGAAUGUCGAGAAGCUUUAGAUGCGGUGAUUGAUAGAUGUUCAGCAUUGCAAAAUAUACGCCAGGCUGUACUGCAGUAUAGAAAAUUAUUUAAUCAACAGCAUGUCGAGCCACGCGAAAGGCGGGUGGCAUUGAACCGUGGGGCCGAGUAUUUGGAACGUUAUUUUCGGUUAAUUGCUUUUGCAGCGUAUCUUGGAAGUGAAGCAUUUGAUGAACAAGGGCAAGGGCAGGAAUGUAAAAUCACCUUUAAAAGUUGGUUGCAUCAAAGACCGGAAGUCCAAGCUAUGAAAUGGUCAAUAAGAUUGAGACCCGGACGCUUCUUUAGUGUUCCUGAAGAGUUGAGAGCUCCACAAGAAUCUCAACAUGGUGAUGCGUCAUAUACAAAUCCAUGGUGCUCCACAUGUUUUCAAGGUGGAUGGGUAUCCUGUGUAUUGCAUGGCAACUCCAACAAUUUCAGGGAAUUAAAUAAACCUGUAGACACACUCAAGCAUGUGGGUAUCACUGGAUCAGUGGUGGAACACAUGGAGGCUCGGUUAAAGGAGGAUAUUAUAUCAGAAAUUAAAAAAUGUGGUGGCAGAAUGCUUUUACACCGUGAAGAAUAUAACCCAUCAUUAAAUCAGGCAAAUGUAGUAGGAUAUUGGGAGAAUAUAUUUGUGGAAAAUGUUAAGACACCUACUGAAGUGUAUUCUGGUUUGAGAGAUGAUGGAUAUGAUAUAGUUUACACAAGGAUACCUUUGACUAGAGAGAGGGAAGCUUUAGCUUCUGAUGUUGAUGCUAUUCAGUACUGUAUGGACAAUUGUGCAGGGUGCUACUUGUUUGUUUCUCACACGGGAUUUGGGGGUGUUGCGUAUGCCAUGGCUAUUAUAUGUUUAAGACUUCAAUCUGAAGGGAAGUUAGCAUCAUUACCACUAACAAAAAGUGGUAAUCAAGAUUUAUUAUCUUCUAAUGAAGCGCGUGAAAAGGGUGAUUAUCGCGAUAUACUUAGUCUUACUAGAGUUCUUGUUCAUGGUCCUGAGAGUAAAUCAGAUGUCGAUAUUGUUAUAGAGAGGUGUGCUGGAGCUGGGCAUCUUAGAGAUGACAUUCUGUUCUAUAGUAAGGAACUUGAGAAGAAUCAAGGGGAUGAUGAUGAUCAUCAAGCAUACAUCAUGGACAUGGGUAUCAAAGCAUUGAGGCGUUACUUUCUACUGAUAAUGUUUAGAUCGUAUCUGUAUUGCACUGGCACUAGCACUCAUGAUAGAGAGAUGGAAUUCACGAGCUGGAUGGCGGGGAGACCUGAACUUGGUCAUCUUUGUAAUAAUCUCAGGAUAGAUAAAUAAUGUAAAUGUAGAUGUAGAUGUAAAUGUAAAUGUAUGUAUGCACUACCAUGUGCUAUGUAGUUGUGCCUUGUGCCUUGCGUCUUGUUUCUUGUUUGUGUAUAUCUUCUAAUCUCCUAUCUCCUACUCCUACCAUUCAUUCUUUUUCUUCCACCCAAGUCAACUCAUCUGCCCAAAUAUUAAUGAUGUUACCAUUCAUUGGGGAUGGUAUAUGCUGAUGAUAUUGUAUCACUAGGUAUCAACUCAAGUUGUGAUGAGGUCAGGUAGUAGAUUAUAGAUGGUUGGUUGGG